AUGGCUGCAACCGUCGGCAGCCUGCCGGAAGAGCUCAAGCUUGUCACUGCUGCGCACGUCAGAUACAUCCAGAGCCUUGACACCAAGAAGGACGAAUACGACUACUGGCUGACCGAGCACUUGCGCUUGAAUGGCGUGUACUGGGGUCUAACGGCACUUCAUCUCCUCGGCCACCCCGAGGCCUUACCACGAAGCGAUACCAUUGACUUUGUCUUAUCAUGCCAGCACCCUAGUGGGGGCUUUGGUGCAGCCCCCGGGCAUGAUGCGCAUAUGCUCUCUACAGUCAGUGCUGUUCAGAUUCUCGUCAUGCUUGAUGCCGUAGACGAGCUGGAAUCUCGAGCUAAGGGGAAAGCUCAGGUUGGCAAGUUCAUCGCAGACCUGCAGAACCGAACAACAGGCACCUUUGCUGGCGAUGAGUGGGGCGAAGAAGACACACGUUUCCUUUACGGCGCUCUGAAUGCGUUGUCACUUUUAGGUCUCCUGGGCCUCGUCAAUGUCGACAAAGCAGUGGAACACAUUGUAGCCUGUGCCAACUUUGAUGGUGGCUAUGGCGUCAGCCCAGGGGCCGAGUCGCACUCCGGUCAAAUUCUCACGUGUGUAGCUGCACUUGCCAUUGCCAAGCGGCUGGAUGCUAUCGACGUCGACAAGCUCGGCCGUUGGCUGAGCGAGCGUCAAGUCGAAUGCGGCGGUCUCAACGGCAGGCCCGAGAAGAAGGAAGACGUUUGUUACAGUUGGUGGGUCCUAAGUAGUCUUGCCAUCAUCGGACGGACGCACUGGAUCGAUAGCGACAAGCUCACGGCCUUCAUCCUCCAGGCGCAGGAUCCCGAGUUGGGUGGUAUCGCUGACCGACCAGGAGACAUGGUGGAUGUAUGGCAUACCGUCUUUGGCAUUGCUGGUUUGAGUUUGCUGAAGUACCCGGGGCUCGAGGCCGUGGAUCCUGUCUACUGUAUGCCGAAAGCGACCAUCGAACGAGUUCUGGGUAAGCAGUAG